GCGCGCGAGCGCAGAAUCGCUUGGUCCAGGGCCUGAGCCACUUGGAUCCCGUUGCGCAUGCUCACCGCCCUCUUCCAGGACGUGCACCUGCUUGGAGAGUCCGCCGUUCGACCUAGCAUCCCACCUGAGCAUCGCGCACCCAGCCAUGACAGCACACUCCUUUGCCCUCCCAGUCAUCAUCUUCACCACGUUCUGGGGCCUCAUCGGCAUCGCUGGGCCCUGGUUCGUGCCCAAAGGACCCAAUCGCGGGGUGAUCAUCACCAUGCUGGUGGCCACUGCUGUCUGCUGUUACCUCUUCUGGCUCAUCGCCAUCUUGGCUCAGCUGAACCCCCUGUUUGGUCCACAACUGAAGAAUGAGACCAUCUGGUAUGUGCGCUUCCUAUGGGAGUGACCACUGAGAGUGAUCAGCCUGCUUCUGGCCCCAGGUACCCUGCUGUGGACGGCCCAGCCUUGACGUCCCUGGAGACCCUGCAUUCACACUGGCCCCACCCAUCAGUCCAUCCUCCUUUGGCUCCGUGCCGGCGCUGUGGGACCCACACCCUCGGAACCAACCUGGUUCCCAGCCAUUAGGAGGACUCCAUUUGGGAAAGCCCUGUGCUCAGUCUGGCCCCAGCCGGAGCAACCCAUGCUUAAAUCCCUUAAAGUCAGUUUUCACUCUCUUCCCAGUAGAUCCUGGGUAAGGCUCUGAACUUGCUGGGGUCUGUUUUCAUCCUGAGAGCAGAUGCCAGGACUCAACCCAGUCCCAGAAAGGACAUGGGUCUUGGUGGAGAAGGGACAUAUGGCCCAGGAUACUUCAAGCUUUUCUGCCUCCACCUUGUGAAAUAGUGGGUCAGGGUCACAGCUUGGUGUGGAUUAUUCUUUAAGUUUCAAACACUUGUGGAUGUGACAACACUUGAGAUGUUGAUGUCCUUAAGAAACAGUCACACCAGUCCCCCACCCCACCCCACGCCACCCCACACUGUCCUUUGGGUCAAGAUAGAAACUUUCAUGUCUGGUCUUCUGCAGCAGUGAAGUCACUCAGCAAGGGAGGGAGGCAGUGUGUGUAUCUUUGGAAUGUUCUAGUCACAUUGCUCUCCCUCUGUAGAUAAGCUUACCCACUUCCCAGAACCUGUUAGUUGAGGUGCAGCUAUUCCUGCCAGGAGGCUACACUCUUCCUUGGGUUGUGGUGGCAUGGACCCCACAGCUGACCUCAGCAUUGAGAAGAUCUGGAGUUGGGAUUGGGGACAGACAAAGGUAACAGUUAUGAGGUACUACUGGCACUACGCCUCCCUGGCUUCUGAGACCCUCUGUUCUCAAGCUCAUGUGGCCCUGUGCCAGGCCCAAUAGAAGACAGAGAAUGCAGACCACAGGGGUCAGCCUAGGGGACCCCUCCAGCCCAUGCCCUCACCCCUCUGAGAGGGCGAGUACACUCUUGUCUGAGUUGCCAGAGCUAGCUAGGACAGAGCCCUGCACAAUCCCUGGUUCUCAGCCAGUGGCUGAGUUCCCAGGGGAAGAAAAACUGGCCUUGAUUAUUUAUUGACUAUUUAUUUGGUCUUCCUCCCCCUUCCGGGGUCAUUUGGGAGGGCAGUGGAACACACUGUAACUCAGAUUGCUGGUUGCUCAGAGCUUAGACGGGGGCCUCCAUGGGCAACCUCUCCCUUCCUACCCUAACCCCCGAAGCCUCCCUGUGGGGUGGGGUGGUGAGCAUGACUCGUGAUGAAAAGCUGAUUCCUGUCUAAUAAAUAGUGGUGAUGCAAAGUUGUGAUUUAGGA